AUGGAUUCUAAUUUUGUUGCAUCAGAAAUUGUGGAAAAAUUGCGACAAAAUCACACUGCUCGUAUUGAUGAGCUCUGGGAGAUCAUACGUACUAAGUAUAAUCAUAAGCUUUCUUACUAUAAAGAAUUAGGUACCAAGUACAGCUAUCACACCAUACCUAGGCCAUAUGAAGGUAUUGCGGUACUUCACUAUGUAUAUUGGGCAUUCGCUCCAUGCAUUGCUGCAUUCAAAUAUUGCAGACCAGUGAUUAGUAUUGAUGGGAUUCAUUUGUUUGGUAAAUACAAAAGGGUGUUGAUGAUUGCAAUGGCAACUGAUGCUAAUCAAAAGGUUUUGCCUCUCGCUUUUGCUGUUGUAGACAGGGAGUCAGGGCCUAGUUGGGGUUGGUUUUUAGAGUGUCUUAGGACUUCCAUAGAGCAUGUCAUACCUAAGGAUGGCAUUUGCAUUAUUUCUGACCGACAUAAAGGUAUCAGAUGCGCCAUUCGAGAGUGGCCUAGAGGUGAGGACGGAAGAGAACAGGUAUAUCAUCGAUAUUGCCUUCGACAUGUUGCUAGCAACUUCAACACAAAAUUUAAGGACCCGACUUUAAAGGCAUUGGCCUUGAAAGCUGGAUAUGCGAUUCAUGAAACAAAAUUCACGUCCAUAAUGCAAACCAUUAAGGAGGCCGAGAUUAAUUUACUGAGGGGUGUAGACCCUACUGAUCGCCACAUCCUACGCUAUAUGCCUUACACAUAUCUAAUGAGUGAGGAUGUUGACAAAUGGACCCAGUCACAGGAUGGUGGAAGACGUUACGGGGCAAUCACAACCAAUAUCUCUGAGUGUUUUAAUGGGGUACUUAAAAGUGCCCGCGGUUUGCCCAUUGCUAUAAUGGUUGAGUUCACAUGGUCCAAACUUGUUGCAUAUUUCUACGAUCGACAUGAAAAAAUUCUUUUUGAUCUCUCUCAAGGUAAGGUGUGGAGUGAUUAUGCAAUGAAGAUCUAUAACAAAAAUGAGCAGAAAACUGCAGGACACACUCUGAGGAAUUUUAAUCAUGAAAUUGGUGUAUAUCAAGUGGUUACCCCGUAUAACGACCAUAGAGGUGGAGGGGGAAACCACAGUCAUGAAGUGCACGUAAUUGAGCAAACAUGUGGUUGUGGAAAGUGGCAAAACUUGAAGAUCCCUUGUUCACAUGCAAUUAAAGUUCUUAAAGGUCUGAACCUUGAUGCGACCAGCUAUAUUGACCCAUGUUACAGUUUGAACAAUGCCAUUCAGACAUAUUCACAUCAUUUUUUGGUGCCAAAAUUAUAG